AUUUCUUACAUUCCUCAUUAAAUUAAUCAGCUCAGAAGACCAAGCAGAGGAGCAAUCCAUCACAUUUACUAAUUUUGAAGGGUAAACAAAUGAGCCCCCAGUUGUCUAUUGACAUCAACAAUGAGCUAGCCUCUUUGUCACCUACACCAUUUGAGCCUUACAUCUUCAGAGUGGAUGGCCUGCUACGUAGGGAAAAUGAGCUAGCCUAUGAACCAGAAAUACUUGCAAUCGGUCCUUAUCAUCACGGUAAAGCUAACUUGGAAAUGAUGGAAAAGCAUAAAAUAAGAUACCUACAAAUGUAUCUUGUGCGAACAAAUGAAUCAAGUGUGGAUAGAUUUGUCAAUGCCAUGCAAGAUUUGGAAGAAAGGACACGGAAAUGUUAUGCAGAGUCCAUUGUACUUGAGAAGGAUGCGUUUGUGUGAAUGAUGCUACUUGAUGGAUGUUUUAUCAUUGAGUUUUUUUACAAGUUAGCAUAUGAAGAGGUUAUAGACGACCCUAUUUUCAAAU